GGGCCGCCCGCGGCCGUGCCCGGGGUGCGAGAUGGCCGCCGGCGGGAGCCGCGCCGUCCUGGGGCUGUGGCUGCUGGCGGCGGGGCUGUGCGGCGCGGUGGCGGCGGGCAGGUCCCCCAGCUGCCACGAAGUGCGGACGGCGUUCCAGCUGCGGCAGAUCGGGCCCCUCAAGCUGGUCCCCGACGUGCCCACGGCCGAGUCAGAUUUACAGAUCUGUCAACACAGGGCACCAACGUGUUGCACCAAAAAGAUGGAAGAAAGCUACCAGGCAGCUGUUCGAAGGGAGAGGACUCAGAGCAUCCAGGCACUGAACUUUGAGCUGAAGUACAUGAUUGUUGGUCACAUCACAGCUUUUCAAGAGGCCUUUGAGUCUUUGCUUCGCUUUGCUGAAAACCGCACAAGUUCCCUGUUUGAGACAGCUUACAGACCUAUGGCAAAAGAAGCAGCAGAGCCUGUUAAGGAGCUUUUUACAGACAUCUCUCUCUACAUUCUGGGCGCAGAGACCACAGUGGAAAGUGCAGUUCUGCGGUUCUUUGACAGUCUCUUUCCUCUGGUGUACAGCCGGCUAAUAAACCCAGGAAUUACAGAUCUGUCAGAGGACUAUACAGAGUGUCUGCGGCUUACAAGGCAAGACAUAAAUCCUUUUGGACACUAUUCUAAAAACAUGGUUACAGAGCUGUCAAAAUCUCUUUGGGCCAGCAGGAUGCUGAGCCAGGCCCUGAGCCUGGGCAUUGAGGUGAUAAACAGCACGGAGCACGCCGCUCUGAGCAAGGAGUGCAGCAGGGCCCUGGUGAAGAUGCAGUACUGCCCGCACUGCCAGGGCCUGACGCUCAUCAGGCCCUGCGUGGGAUAUUGCCUCAAUGUCAUGAGGGGCUGCCUGGCCAGUGUGUCAGAGCUGGAUGCACAGUGGAGGGAGUUCAUCUCCACGCUGGAAUAUCUGACUAACGAAAUGGCUGCCUCGCACGAGCUGGAAAUUGCCCUGUCGGGGAUCUGGAGCUCCAUCAACGAGGCCAUCCUGCACGCACAGCUGAACGGACCACAGCUCUCUGCCACAGUUGAUAAAGUGUGUGGACAGCCCAAACAGCACGAAGGGAACCUGUCAUCAGCCAAUAUUGUGCCGGUGAAGGAAGUGACUGGAACCCAGACAUUUGUGAUGGCUCACACCAGUCUGAACAAUAAAAGAAGUUCUCUGCCUCUGAAAGCUUCAAAGAAUGACAAAUCAAGAAGUUUGAAAAAAAUCUCUCGAGAGUUCAUCAGUUACAUGAAGCGGUCCCGAACCUUUUAUGCCUCCAUAGCAGAAAGGCUUUGUGAUGGAGACCUGGUGAUGAGAGACAGCUCGACCUGCUGGAAUGGAGAGGAUGUUGUAGAAAGUUAUACCAGCAGAGUUGUUUCCAAUGGACUGAAGGCACAAAUUGAUAAUCCAGAACUGAAGGUCAGAGGAUUGGACCCACUCAUCAGCAAUUUAAUUGAAAAACUUCAGCACUUUAAUCAACUGGAUGCUGAGAAGGCGAAGUUGAAGCUGGAGAGAUGGGGUCCCCGAGAUGCUGGCAGUGGGGCUGGAAGGAGUGAGGAGAUGGAGUCAAGUGGAGACUGUGAUGAUGAGGAUGGCUGCCAAGGGUCCGGGGACAGGAUGCACACAGCAGAUAUACUCAAAGACAAGAAAACCCAUCCAGAAAACAGAAAUGAACCAAAACCAACCAUGAAAAAGAUUGACACCACAACCACCACAAGCACUGUCAAGUCAUCCUCCAAACACAGUGUAACUGGCAAUGGGAGCAGCCCAGCCCUGAGUCCCUCCCUUGCUAUUCUGGCAGCACUAGCAGUUCUGUGGCACUGUCCCCUGUAGCUGCAUUGCCCUGCAGAUGCUGUGCUAGUGCUCCUCUUCACUAUCAUGGAUACCUGCAGCCUUACCCGACUGCAAACAAAUGGAAAUGGCUCUCUAGUUGAUGUGAUUUAUUAGGAUAAGUAAGAAGUGAAAUGCUGGAGUUGGCAGAUACCAAAUGUCUGAAGAUAGCUUUUGGCAAAGCCCACCCAAGGUACAGCAAGGAUGAUCACAAGGGUCUGCGUAGCUUAAGUUAUGGGGUAGAAAUAACUGAAAACACAGAAAUUGUGUAUGUGUGUGUUACUGUUUUUAUCAAUUUCGUUUGCAAGAAUCUGACUGGCUGUUGAUUAUUUGUUUAAUUUUUCUGGUAAGUUAUAUGAACGGUCAGUCUUCAAAUUCAAGGCAAUCCAUACUUUGUUUUUUUAAGUGAACAGCUAACAAGCUGUGCUACAGUUCAUGGAAUAAUAGAAUGUUAUGGGGUUGGGAUGGACCUUAAAGUUAUCAAGUCCCAGCCCCCCUGCCAUGGGCAGGGACACCUCCCACCAGCCCAGGUACCAGGUUGCUCCCCUGUAGGGUGAAGUGCUCUCUACCAGCUUGAUGAAAUUCCUGAGUGGUCAAGAAGAUCAAAGCAUGUUUGAAACUUCUUUUCACUCUUAUUGUUUAGAUUGUAGGAAGCAACAUAAAAACAUAUGGUGUGUCUAAUAUAUCAGUAUAGUUGCCUUAACUGUGGAAAAAAAUAGAACCACUUUGUUUACUGAGAGACAUAGAUAGUGAAUUUCCCUGCCCCACAAAAUGUCAUUACCAGAUGCUUAAGCAUAUGCUCAAGGCUUAUUGGAUGAAUGUCCAGCAAAGGGAAACAUAAAUAAACAUCAUAAUGUUUUAUCCACUUGAAUGCAGCUCUGUACAGAAAAAAAAAAAAAAAAGAAAGAAAAAAAAAAAGAUAAUUCAUUUCAAACUUACUUCGCCUAUAAGAUGUUACACAGAAACCAACUUAAGUUUUCCAUAAAGGUCCCAGAGAUAUAAAUUAUUGGGAACUCCCAUUAGACACUAACUAGAUUUUGUGCAUUAUGGAUCUCUGAAAUCAACUGUUUCAUAAACUGUGUAUUAUUUAAUUACAUUUAAUGUUUAAAAUUUUGUAUCACUUUAGGUGUAAAUGUAAAACAUUCUGAAAUCUAGCACAUUUUCUGUUAUGCUUCAUCUUGAUUGCUACCCUAGAAAAUGUCAAAUGUGCAUUAUAUUAUAAGGCUAUUUUUUUUAAGUCAAUGAUACAUUGAUGCAUUUUAACUUUUUGGAUGAAAAAGUACUAUAACUUCUAAUGGGUUAAGAGUUGAUGUGUGUUUUCCAACAACUGUUUAUAGUGCCAUUGAAUAUAUGUAUACAAACACAACUGUAUGAAUACAGUGAUUAAUAUGAUAAAUAUAUGAAACAUUAGAAUUGUUAUAUUUACUACAUUUCAUUUCAACUAUUACAACCGUUUAAUGGCCAUUUUCAUGUUGUAGACUAUUCUUAUGUACAGUUUUGUAAGAUUUAAUGUAAAACACUUGCCUUUGUUUUUUGUAAAACAUCUCUUUGAUACUUGGCGUUACCCAGUCACUGAGAUUACUCAAAAGAAGAGCCCUGUGUCUCACAAUCCAGCUUCAGGCAUUUUAUUGGCAACUUUGAUUAUAGAAGCCUGACUCAAAGAAGGUGCCAUGGGCCAGGAUUACUGCUGGGUGUCACCACACAGGAGGUGACAAUAGUACAGAACAAGCAGACAAUAAAGUGAACAAAGGCUCACUACACUUGCAUGUUUCCAGAUAGUAUCAGUGAACAUGUCUAAUUCUGUUUGCAAAGGUGGGGCUUGAGUUUCAUUUCCAGUUUUGGUUCCUAGAUCAUAUUUAUGACAUAAAGGUAUGAUCAGAACUGUGGAUGCACCCAGCUGCAAAGGCAGUGUCUCUAAAGUGGCAGCAGCUAAAUUUUCUAAAAGAUAAUUCAAUUGUAAUAUUGAAACAAGGAAAUAAAAUUGAGAAGAUACUUACAUUAACAUCAAGAAUUUUACAUUUUAACUCUAAUUUUUUGCAACAAUAAGGAUAUUAAUAUCUUUAUUUUACUCUCAAGGAGUGCUUUCCAGUCCAGUCAGUGAAAAUCAGUUUUCCCACAAGUAUUUAAAUGGCUCUCCUGUGUUUUCCAAGGUUUUUGAGCUGCACCAAUCUAUGGAAUCAUAAUUAAAAAUGCUGCUUCUUGUAUUCAUUUUCGGUGCCCUUUGGAAAAGUACUGUUUUACCUGUGCAGGUGUGCAGGUCCCAUCAUUUGUGCACUGGAAGGACUCUGUAAUGACUGGCACUCUUAGAGAAUCCUGCACUGUGAUGGCUGAGUCAGACAGGAGCUCUCUGUGCACAAACAGGAAUGUACCCUGGGUGCUCACACUCACCACCUGCCCCACCAAGCACUCUGGCUUCACUGGAGCAAUUCCUGUCUGAUGCCUGUCAGCCUGACUACUGAUUUCCUGUUCUCAGGCUUACAGUGCUCAGUCAUCAUUCAGGCACUGAAAGUGUCCGUCAGGAUUCCUAUGGAUAAGGUUUCAGGGCUGGGCUCCAAUCCUGCCAGAUAUCAGCUGUGCAGUUUGGAGUUUUCAGAUUUUUCUCACCUGCAGAGAGGGAACACGAUCAGCCAGAGCCAGGUGUGUUUCUGAGGUCUGUUCUGGAAAAGAUUUUAGCGGCAAUCUUGCCAGCCACGUGUUCAGCUGCAGCAGAGGAAGCUGCAGAAACCCCACAAGAGGCAAGUAUGCAGUAAUUCACCCAGGGAGUUAUUUGUUGUUGCUAAAUGUCAUAAUUUUGCUAAACAGAAACCUCUGUAAAAUCAAGGGUUUGGAUUUGGGGAUUGGUUGGUGAAUAUUUUUAUUGAUCUCUCAAGCUAAACAAGACAACCCUUUAAAAGUUUCUGUAACAAACGCAACAAGUUCAAAUCGUGGGAUGAGGUAGAAUCAACUCAUUUCAUUGGAUUCCACCAAUAUUUUGAUAGACACAACUUGCUGCAGGAUGAGGGAAGAGGGCUCUACAUCAAUUAAUACAUUUCAUGCAAAAACACUUCUACACUGUAAGAAGAGUUCUGGUCAAACCAGCAUGAAAUAUGUUCACAAUGAGCAUCAAAAAUUGUGCCAUUUUAAAGGGCAGUGCAGUUUAUUUUUACUGGUGGUUUAUGAUAUAUUUUUCCCUCAGGAUCAGUUACAUGUACAUAUUUAUAAACAAAUGUUUUCCAUCAAACAAAACAUCUAUACCAACAAAAGUAAAACCAACUGGCUGUGUCAGAUAAAGCAAGCAUUCAUUUUCAGACGAAUAAUAUACCUGCUGUACACUGUAAUUAUGAUGUAAUUACAAAGUCUAAAUUCAAAAUACUUUUGAACUUGUCUAUGUAAUCUCAAUGUAAAAUAAGGUACCAGUCUAAGAACAUUGCUGUAGCCAUGCCUAACAGUUAUGAAUUGUAUUUAGCCACUGCUUUCUGAUUGUUUAUUGUUUUGGUAUGAUUUUCUUUGAAUAUUUUGCUGUGCCCACAUUUGUGAAUGCCAGCAUUGGAAAGUAACUGCUGCAUUUAUGAGUAAAAUCAAUGUACAAUUUUC